CGCUGCGCACAUGCGCCGUGUGCAGCGGCAGUCGGACCCUAUUGGGCUGGCCGUCUGCUUCUCGGAGACUCCACCCCUCUUCUGCAGACCGAAGCAUGGCGAGUACCGAGGCUAGAAGGGAAUGUGAGACGGAGGGCUGCGAUAAGGACGCUAAACUCCAGUGUCCCACAUGUAUCAAGCUUGGCAUUCAAGGUUCCUUCUUCUGCUCACAGGAAUGUUUCAAAGGAAGCUGGGUUUCUCACAAGUUGCUGCACAAAAAAGCAAAAGAGGACAAAAACCAGAUUGAAUCCAAGAACUGUGUGGAGAAGGACAUCAACACAGACCCAUGGCCAGGCUACCGGUACACAGGGAAACUACGCCCUUACUACCCACUGACUCCCAUGAGGCCUGUGCCUGGGGACAUCCAAAGACCUGACUAUGCUGAUCAUCCCAGAGGGAUGUCUGAGUCUGAGCAGUUUCUGAAGGGGACGUCACAGAUCAAAAUCCUCUCUCCUGAAGACAUUGAAGGCAUGAGAGUAGUGUGCAGGCUGGCACAAGAAGUCCUGGACCUUGCAGCCAUGAUGGUAAAACCAGGAGUUACAACAGAAGAAAUUGAUCACGCUGUGCACAUGGCCUGUAUAGCGAGGAACUGCUAUCCCUCCCCUCUCAAUUACUACAACUUCCCCAAAUCUUGCUGCACGUCUGUCAAUGAAGUCAUCUGUCAUGGUAUCCCAGACAGAAGACCUCUUCAGGAAGGAGAUAUCCUCAAUGUGGACAUCACUGUCUACCACAAUGGUUUCCAUGGAGACCUCAAUGAAACCUUCUUCGUCGGAGAUGUGGAUGAAGGAGCAAAGAAGCUGGUUCAGACCACAUAUGAAUGCCUUAUGCAAGCCAUUGACUCUGUAAAGCCUGGUAUUCGCUACAGAGAAUUAGGUAACAUCAUCCAGAAGCAUGCUCAGGCCAAUGGCUUCUCUGUGGUGCGCAGCUACUGUGGCCAUGGCAUCCACAGACUCUUCCACACUGCUCCCAAUGUGCCACACUAUGCCAAAAACAAAGCAGUUGGGGUUAUGAAACCUGGCCAUGUGUUCACCAUUGAACCCAUGAUAUGUGAAGGUGGCUGGCAAGAUGAGACAUGGCCCGAUGGCUGGACAGCGGUGACCAGAGACGGUAAACGCUCGGCUCAGUUCGAACACACCCUGCUGGUGACGGAGACUGGCUGCGAGAUCCUCACCCGUCGUCUGGAGAACGGUCGCGCUCAUUUCCUGAGCCAAAUGUAGGCCAGACCAGAACACGCCAAGGACUGGACUUUCCAAGAUGGGCACCCAGCAUCUCAAACAAGAGGUGCCACUCCUAGAACUCAGCGUAACUGUGGCAGUCAUUGCUCAUUAAAUUAAAUCUUGGUUCCUCAAACUAAAUGGAAGUACUUGAAUGUGUCUUAUAUCAAAUGUGGAUUGCUUUAUUAGUGAAAACUGUGUCCUCUGAAGGAAACAAGAGUAUUUAUAAGAUUUUGUUGUGCAUAGUGAUGGGGCUAGACAUCAGGCCUGUUCUGACUUCUGGGUCUUACCACCCAGAGCUUUUACUGGCUGGCUAGUUGUUCUCUGUGGUGUGUAGAGCUCAGGGUAAGUUCAGCUAGCACGCUGCUUUUCUCUCAGCCUCUGCAAACAUCAUCAGGCUCUAUAUGAUUUUACCAGACAGAGACUGAAAAUAACCAGCAAUGAUAAAGACACAGGAGAGUUACAGGAAACAGGGUCAACAAGUUACAUAAGCUCAUCAACUAAAAAUCUAAAUUUAAUUAUUAGAGUAGGUCGAUUGUGACCAAAAAUUUAAAUCUGGAUUUCAGGCAACAAAAAGCAUCUUCUGGCAGCCAUAUUGGAUAGUUUGAACAAGCAGUUUGAAUAAUUUUUUGAUGGUUUAUAAGUUUACACAUUGGCCAUCUUAAUAGAUAUGAAAUAGAAUAGUUUGGUAUUUUAGGACACAUGCUCAUUUGCCUUCUUGCUAACAGCUGGAAAAGAUUACACCAUGUGUGUCCAUUUAAAACAAAGCUAGAAAUAGAAGAUGGCUAGCUUAUAAUAAAACAGGGAGCAGGGGGAAACAGUUAGGCUAAGCUAAGCUAGCUGUCCCCCAGGCUCUAGUUUUGUAUUUAAUAAUUAUUUUCUCAUCUCAUUUAGUUUCUCUACUGGUUUUGACAGAAAUAUAAGCAAUAAUUGGCUGAUGUAGUGCUUUAUGCCAGCCAGUGGGCUAGCUAUCACAUCUUAUUUACUUCCUUUUAUUUUAAUCUUUGUCUGUUGACAUUUUCAGUACAGACACUAAAUAAAUUGUUUUAUCCUGUCCACAGCUAGUUGUGGACAUUGGCCACGGUUGCUAGUAGAUUUGCGACACAACUACUGAGCAUCUACACAAAUACGAGAAUAGCAACACUGAGCUCAAAGUCAUUCAAUUGCUAAACUUGUUAAUCCUGCUGUAACGAACACUCCUUUGGUGUCUUGUGUUUCCACUAGCCCUGCUGUAGCAAAUCGACCCUUAUUGUCUGAAUCAUGGCAUUAAAACUUGCCACUUCCCCCUUAUCUCAACAGUCAUGAUUUACCUUGAUGUGGAGUGUGAGCAGCAAUGAAUUAUUUCUGCCUUUUCAAAGAACUAAUGUGAUCACAGUUUCUCUGCUAUCUUUAUAUUUCUUCUAAUGGAGUAAUAAAUGACUCUUCUGUACUUCUGUGUGGGCGAGUUUGUCCUUGAGUAGACUGGUGAUCCAUAUCCCAAAUGACUAUCUGGGUGUCUGUCAGUCCUAAUGCCUUUUUCAGUUCAGUGGAGGAUAGUAAGAGUCUAAACUGCAUUUGAGAUUUGUUUGUUUAUUCCCAAAAGAAACUAGUGUGCCUAUAUCAGUAAAAUGUUUAACUUCAUAAAAUUACAAUGGAGCAUCCAUAACCUUCAUUCCAAAUUUUGGCCAGUUUAGUAUUUUGUCUGCAGUGAUAGAUACAUGAUCUCACUCAUGUCUGUAUUGUGGGAGUAUGAAGCCUCAGCCAGCAUUUGGUUUGCUUAGCUUGGCACAAACACUGGAUGGGAAACAGCAACUCUGUCUCACUGCAAAUGAUCUUGUUUGUUCAGUCAUAACAUGAGUUGUAAAAAGAACAAUUCCUAUUCAAUAGAGGGUCAUGUACAGAUAAUUAGAGAAACAGAACAGACAAAUCUAUGCGAUGAAGUUCAAUUAUUUUGUCUGGUGGAUUUAAAUGCAAGAUUCAAUGCAGAUGACUGUACUUCAAAUUCAGAAAACUUUAUUUACAUAUGAAGUAAAAAACAUGCUUUCAUAAAUCAGUCGUACUCCACAUAAUUUGAAAUACUAAUGCAUAAAUUGCUUCUCUGCUGUAAUGUUCUGAUAAAUGCACUGCAAGAAUAUGUUUUCAUUUUGUGUACUGUGUAGCAUAUUGUGAUAAGAGUUUGAGAAAACUGAGCCAACACAUUUGUAAUAAACGGUACUGCUUUAAUCAUGGCUGAAUUCCA